AAAGCUGGCUGGGGGCUGGAGAGAUGGCACAGAGGUUAAGCGCACUGGCUGCUCUUCCAGAGGUCCUGAGUUCAAUUCCCAGCAACCACAUGGUGGCUCACAGCCAUCUGUAAUAAGAUCUGUUACCCUCUUCUAGUGUGCAGGCAAAUAUGCAGACAGAACACUGUAUAUGGAAUAAAAAUAAGUAAAUAAAUUAAAAAAAAAAGAAAGCUGGCCGUUAGUGGAGCGUUAGCUCAGUGAUCAAGAGCACCGGCUGUUCUUCUAAAGAAUCUGGGUUCAAUUCCCACACCCACAGCUCCAGAGGAUCUGAGAUAUACAUGUAAGCAAAACACCCAGACACAUAAUGAAAUAAAAUAAAGGAAGUUGGCUGAACCAAUGAGCAGAAGGAAAGCAAGUCAGUGUUCCCUAGUGGUUCUUGCUUCCAGGUUCCUGUUUGAGUUCCUGCCCUGACUUCCAUUAGUGACGGACUGUAAUCCGGAAGUGAACACCAAAUAAACCCUUUCUUCUGAUUGGUUGAUAUUUGGGAACAAUCAGGAAAAUUUCUCAAAGUCAUAUUUUGGCAUGAAAUACCUGUGUACCAGGUAUUCUCAUUGGUCAAUGCUGAGAGGGAACAUUCAGUGGUUUCUAUGACUUUGUCCUGUUACUUGCUUGUUGUACAUAGAUACCAAUAGUUUUUAGAAGUAUAUCCUGGAGACUUUAGGGGAGGUUUUGGUCUCCCCUGAAGUUUCUUUUGUGUCCAAACAUAUCCCAGGAACCAAGUACCCAGGAGGCUGGGGGGGGGGGAAUUCUUUGUGUUCAGUUUUGGCCCUAGGCUCUGGGAAACCUAGAAGAUCUGGAAUUUCCUUGUGUUCCUAUGUGUCUUUUCUAUAGCCUGUCAAAGCUUCUAAAGCAAGGGCUGAGUGAGGGUCUGGUCCCUUCAUUCCUAGAAGUGAAGCCUUUUAGUUUAGUUUACCCCUUUCACUUGAAGAUACCCCAACCCAGCCCACUGCUUCUGUGAAUGGAUUCUGAAGACCCGUUGCCUAGUGACCAGUAUAUGAAGCUAAGCAGCAUUGGAAACUAAGGAACCAAGGAAGGCUUACGACUCAUAACCUUGCUUCACUUUAAGACUGAACUGGGGGACACUAUGCCAUUUGGAAGGUAAUGUCAAACGACUGUAGCUUUAGCAGGAUCUGAAGUCUUCACCGGCAUCAGCUGCAUGGGGAGAAGGCAAACUGAGGUCUCUGAGAAGACUGGAGCUGUCUAAAAGGCACAGCAUCCAAACAGCUACCAGACGGUAGCUAGAGUUUGGACUCUAAGGGGAAGGCACAAGAGCAGACUGUUUUUGUUGUUGUUAUUGCUUUGGAGUUUUUUUGGGGUGAUGGGGAUUUUGUUUGUUUGUUUUUGAUGUUUUGUUUGGUUUUAGUUUUUUGAGACAGGGUUUCUCUGUGUAGCCCUGCCUGUCCGAGAACUCUCUUUGUAGACCAAGCUGGCCUCGAACUCACAGAGAUCUUCCUGCGUCUGCCUCCCAAGUGCUGGGAUUAAAGGCCUUCAAUACCAACACCCAGCUGAGCAGACUGUCCUUAUGGUAUUAUUAAUGAAACAGAUAGCUCUCAUCUCAAAGGAAUAAAAGAGGCCCUGCUUGUGAACCAGCAGUGUGGAUAGGAAAAUUUGAAGCGAAACAUGACCAAGCACAAAAAGAAAAAGUUUUCCCCCGUUCGGUGUCCUGAGCCACAGCCCCCUCGGCUGAGAUGGGGUCUGAUCUUCCUCUACUCAAAACCCACGGACAAGAUGGGGUACACCUCGGUCUCCAGAGUGCCACCGGCCUUCUCCUUCAGCCCACAGCACUGCGAACAUCUUAGGCACCAGUAUUUGAAAAAGGCGGCUGCCGACUUUUCCUUUUCUCAGGAAGUGAAGUGGCAGCGGGGACUGCCCUGCAUGCCUUUCUGUCAGUACAAUUUUGAGCACCUCUACAACACGGAUGACAUCAUCCCACCUGUGCAGGCCAGGAAGACUCACGCUGAGAAACCUGCCUACACCAGGAUUCUGGAUAUCUCAGGGCUCCUGACAGCGGACACCACCCAUUUUGCAAAGACACAAAGCUCUGUGGGUUGUAAAAAGAAGCUGAAAAAACCAAAGCCCGGAGGCUCAGACCAGAAAGAAUCUUCCCCACGCCCCCGCUAUUCCCGACGCUCCCGCUUGAAGUCAGAAGAUAUACUGGACCUGUCGUCCUCUCAAGAUGAGUGUCUGGAGGAUAGGGAAACCUGGCUUCCACCUGGCGAGAAGGAGGCCCGAGGCUGGGAAGCCAUCGUGCUGGAGAAGCUGGACAAGCGCACAGCGCGGUGGAUCCAGAACAAGCGUCCGCAGAGGCUUGGGCAUUCGCCCAACAAGUGGCAGGGCUUCCUGCGCCAUCAGUACGACUGGAGCCAUAUUCGGGAUGAGCUCACUUCAGAGAGUGAUCAGGACCUCCUCAAAAAGCUGGAGGCAGAAGAAAGAGCAGAACUUGAGGGUGGUGAAAGUGUCACCCUGCCCCCCGAGGAAAUAAAGAAGCCAGAGCUGCUGCUUCCGGUUUUCUACGGGUUACCUGGUUACUCCCCACAAGUGCAGACAGUUGAAAUUCUGCCUGGCAGCAACAUGACAGCAGGGGGUAUCGACCAAGAAAGAAGAAACAUCCAGCCUCCACCUCAGAAUCCCUUCCGGCAGGUGAACCCCAAAGCUGGAGAGUUUGCUUACUCUACAGAGAAUGCCUUCGAGCAGGAGAUUUACUUUGAUGGAGUGAAGAUUGUUCACCAGAUCCAUGGGAAGAAUGAUCAAAUUGUCUUGGAAAACUUCAAUAGGUACAACAAGCACCUAUCUAAGAUCUUCCCUGUAAGCCCGGAAAAGUGGAGCUCCCAGCCUGUUCCCGAAAAGCCUUUUAAGGUCAAGAAAGGAGUCCAGCGCUGGGUUGCUUUGCCCACCCGAGUCAAGGGCCUUCUGCUAAAAGUGGGCGAGGAGGUCACGCCUACCGAGACUAGAAGGGUGAAGAAGCAGGUCCAACCUCUGAAGGAGCAUGUGACUUGGGAGCUGGCAGUACUUCGGAAGAUGCUACAAGAGUGGAAGACUGCCUGGGCACUCAUUAUCGAGUGGCAUCAUGAGACAGUGGAAAACCUGUUGCGAGGCAUGGUAAGCAUGUAUGAUGAAAUGAGGAUCCAGGCCAUUGUCACAUGUGCUACUGCUGCUUUGGAAAGGCCCCGGAUUGUCUCUGAGAAGCAGGACUCAGAGACAAUUAUUCCGGAUUUGCCAGAGGCCCUCCUGCCUACUCUAGAGGCUGCUCUGUCUGACGUGAAUCCCAAUGUGAGGAUGGCAGCAGCCAUAUGCCAAUAUGCCAUACAGUCACAUAAUCCCAUUGCCCAGGACAUCAUGCAGACUGCACUUGUGAAGGGUAAUAGUGUGGACAGCUGGGCCGCAGCUCAGUGCUUGGCUCUGGAAGGCAUUGCCACCUACCCAGUGAUUAAGAGGAUCCUCUACCAGCUCUUUAACAAGAAGAAUGAGGCCACUGAGGAGCAGGCUUGUAUCCUCCUGGACCAUCUCAGUGGAAAGACGACCCUGAUCCACACAAUGCUCGCUGUGGAGCUCAACAGCCGGCAAUGGAAGGACCGCAUUAUGGCCUGCCGGGCUUUCUCUCGCAUCAGUGGAAAUAUCUGUAAGGAUAUGAAACAUAAACUCAUUGAGCUGAUGUGGAACGACUGGAACAAAGAAGUCAGGCAAGCGGCUGCCAAAGCACUGGGGCAGAUGAACCUUGGGAAAGAGGUGCACGACAUGAUCAGGAUUAAGCUGAGUCAAGGAAAUUCCCAGGAGCGGAUUGAGGCCCUUUCCCUGAUUCGUAUGCUCAAGCUCAUGACAGCCAAGCUUCUCCCAAGCUUCCUGAGAUGCCUCUCUGAUGAGUUUAUAGCAGUUCGACAGGCGGCUUGUUUGGCAGCAGGUGCCCUGCAGAUCCGUGACAAGCUGGUGUUUGAAUGCCUCCUGAAUCUGAUGCACAAAGAUCCCUUCUGGAAAACCAAGGCUUUAGCCAUUCGAGCUUUGGGACAGAUUGGGCAAGUAAGUCCCCAGCUGACAGAGCUUCUGCUCUGGGCUGUCCACUUUGAAGAGUCCCCAGGUGUGCGACUGGAAGCUUGCCGUAGCAUCCUAGCCCUCAAGCUCCAAGGAAACCAGGUCAGGGACACCUUUCUGGAUGUACUGCUCCUGGAGAACCACGAGGCUGUUCUUAAGGAAAUUUACCAGACAAUGAAGGCACUUAACUUACAAACUGAAGGCAAUCAAGAAUUGAUUCAGGAGAUCAAAAGCAAGAUUGCAACACUAAAUCAAAAGGACUUGCUGUCGGAGAAAAUAUUCAAGUUGGAAGCAGCUGUAAAAAAUCUAAAGGAAAAAGGAAGACGUGUUUACUCAGAACCCAAAGAGGGCCAAAAACCACUGGAUCUCCAAACUUUUCUUCAAGGCGUUUUUGAGAAUGAAGAGAUUCUUCCUAAAAGGUCUGAGCUUUGUGACAUCGAAGCAGCCAUAAAGGUAAAUGUAACCAUACUGAUGCAUAACAAGCCAUCCUCAAGAAACUUAAAUCAGACCCAGAUUUGUCCUGGUGAGCAGCAGUCCCUUAUCAUACAGCAUGGUUGCCAGGGAAAGCUGGUCUUCUACACUGUCACAGGGCAAAUCCCGUACUCUCACAAACUCUGGGUAGGAGCGAAGCAAGAGUUCCAUGGCGUCAGCCUGCUGUGGGUGGAUUUCCAAGCACUUGGGUUCCUCCAGAUGGUAAACACGAGAGUUUUCCACCGAGUAGUAGAGGAACAAGCGGCCUCCCUCACCCACCAGCCUAGCUAUGCCAUCCUGAAGCAUAUGGACUUCUGUUUCUGUUGUCAACCGGGCCCCCUCAUCUACAAGUUCUCCGUCGCUCCAGUGAACUGGGAGCCCAUGAACACUCAGUGCCUCUUCCGUAGUAGUCAACACUGGGGGCAAGGAAUCAUGGAUGAAGUCUUUGGCUCUCUGGUCAGCCACAGCAUCGACAGGAGCAAAGUGUCUCAGGUGAGCAACCAAGACCCUCACCUUUUCCAUGAAAGCUGUUCUUCUCGGAUCCUUGGAGUCUGAAUGCUGGGCCCCCAUGUAAUCCAUGAAGUCUCGAGGCAGGCCCCUUCGAAACUCCACAUUUUCUUCUAUUGCUGCUUGCACUGCCAGGGGCACUACAGCCUCCAAGAAGUCACCCCAUGUAUUGCGCUGGUAGGUGGACAAGGUGAGAUGCAGAGAGUGUUCUUCAUCCUGACAUUCAGCUUGAUGGAUGAAGCCCCGAGGAAAAUAAAGCAGGUCUCCAGGUUCCAGCACCGCUUUUAGCACCGGCUCACCAAGGUCCUCCUGGCUGAAGUUGGGGCUAGAUGUCAGAGGGAGCUCCUCGCUUGGGUCCCGCGGUCGGUAGACACGCCAGAGUUUCCGACCUUCCAGCUGCAACACGAAAGCCUCAAUGUCGUCGUAGUGGGGAGCGAAGCCCUGUGAGUUGGGGGGCGUGAGGUAAACGUUGGCGCCUGCCAUGCUUCCGAACUGUAACUGGAGCACGGCCAGAAACCUCCACACGUUGUAAGAGAAAGCUUGCGGGCAGAGAAGGCGCAAGGAGCAGCCGGCCUGGUACAGGGACCACGCGGUGGCGGCAAGAGCGCGGCCCGGUGGGUUCAAGGUUUCCCGCCUCCCGUCGACGUAGCGCGCGGCGUCCAGGUGCUGUCCGAAGUGCACGUCCUGGCUGCGCAGUAUCGAGUCCAGCUCGGAGGUGGAGAACAGGCCG